AUGAUAACUAGAAUCCAUCGCUCAGCUUUGUAUUAUCCUAAUUCAUCUUGCGCCUUUUUAUGGAAUGUCACCUUAUCCAAUGAUAGUUCGAUUCAAACUUGUAUUUGGCAAUGUGACUACGAAGAUGCAUGUCAAACAGCUGUUUAUUAUAGAGAUGAACACAUUUGCUCAUUGUUUAAUGAAGAUUGUGAAUUUGGUAGCAUCCAACCAGCUGGUCUUAUUCUAGCAAGUGUUAUCUGUUAUCGAAGGAGCCAGGGGCCGAAUCUUGAUUGUCCGUCGACUGUGGAAUUUACUGAAAUGGAAACACAAACAACAUUCGUUCCUUCUUCAGUGGUGAAUAUUACGCAACCGUGGGUAGUGGCAAAAAGUAUGAACAUAGGGCGAUAUUAUCAUACAGCAUCCGUGUUAGUCAAUGGGUCAAUACUAGUUACUGGUGGACGUGGUAGUUCUUAUUUGAAUAGUGCUGAAUUGUAUGAUUCAUUGAGGAAUACUUGGAAAAUGGCAGCAAGUAUGAGUUUCCGACGAUAUUAUCAUACGGCAUCCGUGUUACUCAAUGGAUCAAUACUAGUUACUGGUGGACGUGGUAGUACUUCCUAUCUCGAUAGUGCUGAAUUGUAUGAUCCAUUGACAAAUACUUGGACAACGGUAGCAAAUAUGAAUGCCAAGCGUUGUUAUCAUACGGCAUCUGUGUUAGUCAAUGGGUCAAUACUAGUUACUGGUGGAGAUGGUAGUACUUCCUAUCUCGAUAGUGCUGAAUUGUAUGAUCCAUUGACGAAUACUUGGAAAAUGGCAGCAAGUAUGAGUUUCGGACGAUAUUAUCAUACGGCAUCCGUGUUACUCAAUGGAUCAAUACUAGUUACUGGUGGACGUGGUAGUACUUCCUAUAUCGAUAGUGCUGAAUUGUAUGAUCCAUUGACAAAUACUUGGACAACGGUAGCAAAUAUGAAUGUCGCACGGAGAUAUCACACAGCAUCCGUAUUACUUAAUGGAUCAAUACUAGUUACUGGCGGAGAAAAUAAUGGAGGGUAUCUUAGUAGUACUGAAUUACAUUGA